CCGCCCAGCUCGAGCUAUUUUUUUCAGGUUUAAAGCAAAUCAAGUGCCGCACGUCACGCUGCUUUGUGUGCACAGGGGAAAAGGUGUGGUCAUGGCUGGUGAUCGUGUAGGGGGAUGGACAGAAGUUGUGGCUAAGAGUGAACAAGAGCGUGGACGGACAGACGGACGAGGCGCUGGGGGGAGUGUGGGAGAUAUAAAGUUCGAUGAAGCCCGUGCAAGGAAGCGAGACCAGUUUCACUAUGAAUAAUAAUAAGUUACAUUUGACCGAGGCCGAUUCCCCUGUCUAUGACAACCAAGGGUUUCAGCGCGAGGUAGAGGGACGUGCUUGGGGUCCCUCUCAGGGUUCAUACCCAUCCCUCCCACAGCUGACUCCCAGCUAUGUUGUUAGUGCUCCCCGGACCAUCAACACCCACCACACUGCAAUACCAGGACCGGCACAGUCUCCACGACAAGAGAAAGAAACAAGGCAGUGUCACUGGAAAAAUGUUCUAUGUGCAUGUCUGUGUGUGGCCGUCAUCCUGGCAGUAGUUGCUCUCCUGCUCUGGUACUUCUUAUACUACCAGUGUCUGCUGGGGAAGUCUUGUGGAGCUGGCGGGAAGUGUCUGAGCUCGUCCCAGUGGUGUGACGGUGUCCUGGACUGCUCGCGUGGAGAGGAUGAAUCUCAUUGCUUUCGUCUCCAAGGGACCGACUCGAUGCUGGAAAGUUACUCCUCACACAACGAUGCAUGGAUGCCCGUCUGUGUUGACGACUGGAACGACGACUACGGGAAAACCGUGUGUGAGCAGAUAGGCUACACGAGGCAGGAUUACGAGACUUACGCCCAAAUCCACCUCGGUGCAUCGGCCACCAAAGGAUACAUGAGGCUAAAGCCUGGGACUUACUAUGGAUCACAUAUACAGUCUCAUUUCACUCACAGCAUGACAUGCUCAGCAGCGGUCAAACUUCACUGCAGCGAAUGUGGCAGGAGUCAAGCAGGUCCCAGCAGUCGUAUCGUGGGCGGCGCGCAGGCCGAGAACGGAGCCUGGCCAUGGCAGGUCAGUCUCCAGUUUAACGGCAGACAUAUGUGUGGAGGCUCCAUUAUCAGCGCCGACUGGAUCCUGUCUGCAGCACACUGCUUCCAAGAAUACUCCAAUCCGUCAGGGUGGAAGGUAUUUUCUGGGGAUGUCAGCUUGUCAAGGAUGAGAUUUGGUGACACAGUUCAACGAAUCAUCAAUCAUGAAAAUUAUGACUCAAACACUAACGACAAUGAUAUCGCGCUGCUAAAGCUCGGGACACCAAUGGCAUUUACAAGAACAGUGAGGCCCGUGUGUCUCCCCAACUCCGGAAUAGACAUGCCUGCUGGAAGCCAAGCGUGGAUCACGGGGUGGGGAGCGCUGCGCUCAUCUGGGCAGCCACCUGACAAGCUAAAUCAGGCCCAGGUGACCAUUUACAGCAGGGACAUCUGCAACGAAGAUCAUGUGCUGAAUGGCCAAGUCACUCAGACCAUGAUUUGUGCAGGAAGACUGCAGGGAGGGGUCGACACGUGCCAGGGUGACAGUGGAGGGCCUCUGGUGGUUAAAGCAGGAGACGUAUGGUGGCUGGCAGGGGACACUAGCUGGGGUAUUGGAUGUGCUUUGAGGAACAAGCCAGGAGUGUACGGCAAUGUCACCUACUUUAUCAACUGGAUAUAUGAACAAAUGCAGGACAAUUGAUGGAGACAUUGCUGAAGAUUUUAGUUUAUCAUCUAUGCACUUUGAAUCUGAAUUUGAAAAUUUUGGAGGAUGUAUUGAUCAAGAUUUUUAUAUAUGUAUAAAUCAAAUGCAGUUAUUGUUUCUACGUUUUCCUAAAACAUGCAUUGAAUGUUUUUAUUUCUUAAAAGUCUCUUUAUUUAUUUUUAAAAGUUGAGCUUUCUUUUUGUAAACCAGAAAACAAACUGUUGUACCCAUCUUUGUGUAUUUUUGACAAGCCAAUGGAUCUCCUCCAUCCAGUUGGGCCAGCAUUUGUCUCUGGCAUGGAAACAAAUGGAAAUCACUUUUUAACAGAGAUCCCUGCAUUCACCUGGUGGCUCUCAUUUUAGUAUACAACCCAGUAAACCUAAAGAAGAACGGCAAAGAGCUGAACUAUGACAUUAAAAUAUCACAUACAACCAGCAAAGGAAAAAGUUACUGUUACACAUGUGACAUGUUUGAAAAACUGACACUACGUUCCUUCCUCAAACUAUUUCCCCAAUGCCAAAACCACUGUAUUUUUGUAAAGUUAUCACUCAACUGGUUUACUAUGAGAUACAGGGAGACUAUUUACGAGUCUCUGACGAACAUACUGAAAGGAACAAUAUUAAAACCCAUUCAUGUUGUACUUGAGUUUGUUUUUUUCUGAUUUUAGAAACACAUGUUUAGUAAGGCCACUGCUCAAGGAAACAGAGAUAUGUAAUAAAAAGAACUAAAAAUAUU